AGGAGGAGGAGGAGGAGGGGAGCGGCGGCGCAGGGCGGGCGCGGCGGCGGUCGGGGCUGGGCUGGGCGAGCAGUGCGCGCCGGCGGCUGACGGGGCAGAGCGCACGCCGCCGCCUCCGCGCCAGCUGCGAGCUCCUACCGUCGUCGCCGCCGGCACAGGAGGGGGGCCAAGACGUCUCUCCAACGGGGGGCGAGCGCAGGACCGCGCCAGGCGUCCAAAAGAAGGAAGAUGCCUCGCGGCGACAGGGAGAGCGACUGGAGGGAAAAGGAGCAGUUCCGCAAGCUGUUCAUUGGCGGCUUAAGCUUUGAAACAACAGAGGAAAGCUUGAGGAAUUACUACGAGCAAUGGGGCAAGCUUACAGAUUGCGUGGUAAUGAGGGAUCCUGCAAGCAAAAGAUCAAGGGGGUUUGGUUUUGUAACAUUCUCCUCAAUGGCUGAAGUUGAUGCAGCCAUGGCUGCAAGACCUCACACGAUUGAUGGAAGGGUGGUGGAGCCUAAGAGAGCUGUGGCUAGAGAGGAAUCUGGAAAACCUGGUGCUCAUGUCACUGUGAAAAAACUAUUUGUUGGUGGUAUUAAAGAGGACACCGAAGAGCACCACCUUCGUGACUACUUUGAGGAAUAUGGAAAAAUUGACACUAUUGAAAUCAUUACUGACAGACAGUCUGGUAAAAAGAGAGGGUUUGGAUUUGUUACAUUUGAUGACCAUGAUCCUGUGGAUAAAAUCGUAUUGCAGAAGUAUCACACCAUCAAUGGCCAUAAUGCAGAAGUAAGGAAAGCUCUCUCUAGACAGGAAAUGCAGGAAGUUCAGAACUCUAGGAGCGGGAGAGGAGGGAACUUUGGUUUUGGUGAUGCACGUGGAGGUGGUGGCAACUUUGGUCCGGGGCCUGGCAGCAAUUUCAGAGGGGGAGCCGAUGGAUAUGGGAGUGGCCGUGGAUUUGGUGAUGGGUAUAAUGGAUAUGGUGGGGGACCUGGAGGUGGCAACUUCGGUGGCAGUCCUGGUUACGGAGGAGGAAGAGGAGGAUACGGUGGAGGAGGACCUGGAUAUGGCAACCAGGGUGGGGGCUAUGGAGGUGGUUAUGACAACUAUGGAGGAGGCAAUUACGGAAGUGGAAACUACAAUGAUUUUGGAAACUACAACCAGCAGCCAUCCAAUUAUGGUCCAAUGAAGAGUGGAAAUUUUGGUGGCAGCAGGAACAUGGGGGGACCAUAUGGUGGAGGAAACUAUGGUCCAGGGGGCAGUGGAGGAAGUGGUGGAUAUGGAGGGAGGAGCCGUUAUUGAGCUUCUGCAAGCUUGCCAUGGCUAUGAUAUGAACCCUGGACAAGCAUAGACUGCUGCCACUGUACUCUGCUACAGUUGAACAAAUGAGACCUGCAAGUGUCCAUUAGUAAAGCUUUGCAAGGGUUCCAUCCCUGGUGUUGGUAGUUAAAAUGGUAGGUCACAAGUUAAUUAAAUCAUACAACUUUAUUUUUGCAUCCUGCAACAUUUUAUUUUUCUUGGGAGUCUAUGCAUUAUGGUGGUUGCAAGGUAAUGCAAUGAAGGUAGCUCUGUGCUGUUGAAAAUGAACUAUGUUGUUAUGUGUCUUGUCUACUGUAAUCUGUUUUAUAUAACACAUUUCAUCCUGAAGGUUCCCAAGUAACUUUAGACUGUUUACGUGUAAGGAAAAAAAUUGCACCACAGAAUACAUCUGCCUCUGUGAAGGAAUGUGUCGUCCAUUCUUAUAGCAACUGCAUAAGCAGUUCUUUAGGAGGGGAAGUGAAAACUUCAAAUGAAACUGCAGGUGGUAUUUUAUGAGUGUAUAAUGUAAUUACUUAAUCUGGAAUUUGGCUAGAAUGAUGAGGUUUCCACCAUUUUUUAUAGUUCUUGCAGCUAAUAAACCUUAGUGCCAAAUUCAGUCAGCCUUACUCGCAAUUGCAUUCGAUGUUUGCUCCUCAAAUUAAUGAAAACUCACCAACUAAUGAGUUAUUCAGAGUAUGGGUGGCAUACUCUAUUAGAUCUGUUUUUUAAAUUAAAAUCAACAAAACCCACCAAGAAAAAACAACAAUAACAAAAAAAAAUGCCCGCACCCUAACUUCAAAGUUCCAUUGCCUUUGACAGGCUACUACCUACUGAAGAACGUGGACUCAGCUAACAAAAGUCCUGUUCCUUUUGUGUUAGACACACCAGUGAACUGCUUAUUACUUUUUUAAAAAAAAAUGGCUGAAGUUCCCCUAUUGGUAAUUUGGUUUAGACAUAUGUGAUAAACAUCUUCAGAUACACUUUUUUUUUCUUUGGCAGGAAGGUGCCAUGCUGCAGGUAACUAAUGAAGAAGUGGUCAACCACAGAAACGCUUCAAGAAAUAAGAAAUUCUGUAUCAUCAGAAAAUAGUUGUUUUUGCUGCCUUCAUUAAAAAAAACCUAGAGGUUAAAUGAAUACUGAUAAAAUAUCACAAUUAGUACAGCUCCCUGUAAUGCUGGGUUUUUUAAAUGAUAGUAAUAAUUGUCUUGUAAACCUUUCGAAUAAAAUCCAGAUUCGGUAGGAGAAACAAAUUACUAAUGUUAAAAUAGCAAACAUUCUGUGAGUUGAAGGUUUAACUACAUAUUUUUAUAACUUUCAUAGCUUUAAAAUAAAGUAUUUUUAUACCAAAA